AUGGCAGCCCGGGGCGGCCUGCUGCGCUUGGUGCGGCAGACUGUGGGAACGGGCUGCCACCUGCACACAUCCACCUGCUGGGCCGACAGCAGCAGAGCUUCGCUCACACGGGUGCACCGACAGGCCUAUGCGCGCCUCUACCCCGUGCUCCUGGUCAGGGAGGAUGGCUCCACCAUCCACAUCCGCUACCGAGAGCCACGGAGGAUGCUGAUGAUGCCUGUGGAUCUGGACAGCCUGACGCCAGAGGAGAGGAGAGCGCGGUUCCGGAAACGUGAGGCCCAGUUCCAGAAGAAGAAAGUGGAGGAGCCCCAGCUUGCAGAUGACUUCGACCAGGAACGCUACAAGCAAUUCUGGACCAAGAAGUAGCUGCCAGGGCUGCCUGCCGGCUGCAAGGGGGU